AUGACAACUGAAAUAUAUCCAAGGCUCGAGGAUUCUAAGAUACUGGAACUCGAACAGGAAUCAAAACUCAGAGAGCAAAAAUGGCUCAUUGAACACUUUAUCAAACCAGAGCUCCCCAAAAUCAUUGAGACAUUAGGUGUCUGUUUGGAGAUAAUUACAUCAAAAGAUGAGAUAAAACUGCCUAUAAGUUCGGCAAGAACUGAGCAAGUUAAAGGCAUUGUCACAAGAUGCUCUUCUGAAUUGACUGAUCUGGAUAUCAAGUUACACUUGAAGAGUUUGUCAAAGAAAAUUCACUUGAAGUUGAACGAGAGUAUUGAGUUGACUCAAUUGACAGAGAUGGUUGGUUUGAUAAAUCAAAUAAUGAGUGAAGUACAAAUAUUGAAAGACUGUCCAGCUGAUGAAAUUAAACAAUUUGUGAAACAGUUGAACAGGAUAUUGCAAAAUUUGAUAAAAUGUAACGUGGUGUUGAAUAAGCCUGAUGAACACAUUUUAUUUCCCAAGCACAAAAUCCAAUUAGAUCAAGUAUUCGAACCAAAUGGCCAAAAAUUACAACACUAUCAAGAUCGAUUAACAAUUGAUUUCUUCAUUCUCAAUUCAGAAAUUUCCAUUGAGUUUAAAUCAUUGGAAAAAGUUACAGAAUCACCAUGGAAUCAAAUUGACCCCUCGGGUAAAAGUCAUGUUGAUAAACUACGUGAAGAUUUGAAACACCACAAGAUUAAACUUAAUGAUAUAUUAGACCAGGAUAAAAAGAAAAUCGGACAUGUUUUGGGAUUGAACAGAUUUUCUACAAAUGAUUAUUUAACACGAAGCAUAACAUUCAAUCAUAAUGUUGUCAUUGAAGUUGAAAAACUAUUGAUUCAUUGCCAAGAUCCAAAUUUGAUUAGCAUAGGGGCUAAAUUAACUGGGUUGGAGCAUCUUGUGAGUAAAAUGUAUGGAAACCUGGAUAUGUCAAUGAUGUGA